AUGGAAAGCAUAACAAGCUUCCUGUCCGUCAUCGGGCAAGAGAUAGAAGAUGCCGAUGAGGAAUCCUUCCUCCUCUUCUCCCAGGACAUUCCCUCCUCGAACCUAGGCUUCGUCGACUCAAAGGCCACGUCUGUCGACAUCUCCAUCCACAACCAGGAGUAUACAAUCCACCAGUCUCCAACACUGCUCUCAUCUUCUCGUGCUGGGGGUACAACAGGUGCAGUCCUAUGGAAAAUAACCCCCCUCUUCGCAGAAUGGCUCUCAAAUCAGCCAUCCAAUCCCCUCUGGACACACUCGAUCCUAAGACCCUCAUCAACAGUCGUCGAGCUAGGGUGCGGCAUCUCAGCUCUUACAGCCCUCACUCUCUCUCCCCUCCUUGAACCACACGGGAACGGGAACGGUCACUACAUCGCCACAGACCAGGAAUACGUCCACCGUCUUUUCCGCCAGAACCUACUCAGCAAUCCUCCACGGCCAUCAGCAUCAGCAUCUACCAAAAAGUCCAAGUCGCAGUCAAAGGGGAAAAAAGGGCAGAAAUAUUCUACUACUAAUACUAAUACUAAUACUAAUACUGGUGGUACUGAGGACCAGAGUACAACCCCUCACCAAAACAUCACAUUCACAUCCCUGGACUGGGAAACGGAUCAUCCUGAGACACUGAAGCAACAAAUCCAACACCAAUCAACAACCCCUUCACAAGAUAAUGGUGCAGAUGAAGAGGAGGAUAACGAUAGCGGCUUCGACCUCCUCCUCUCCUGCGACUGCAUCUACAACGAAGCUCUAAUAUCGCCCUUCGUGCGGGCCUGCGCUGAGAUUGCGCGGCUGCGGCCGAUAUUCAGUUCCAACCCGGAAGAAUCAUCAAGUUACCAGCGGCAGCAAAAGAAACCAACAAUAUGUAUCAUUGCGCAGCAGCAGCGCUCGCCGGAUGUCUUUGAGGCGUGGCUGAGGGAGACGAUGCGCUAUUUCAGGGUUUGGAGGGUGGCUGAUGAUGUGCUGGGGCAGAGGUUGGGUGUUGGGAGUGGGUAUUUGGUGCAUGUUUUGGUUUUGAAGGCAUGA